AUCCUCUCUCUUCUAUAAAUAGACACACAGAAUCACAACACCAAAACACAUCCAAAAUUCGUUUAUUACCGAGAAAAGCAACAAAAAAAAAAAAGAGAGAAGAGAAGACGACUUUAAAGUAUAUGAGAGCUGCAAUAAACAGAGCAAAUUCACUUGGAGGUUUGUUUUCAUUUAGGUUUAUCAGAAACAUCAAAUCAAUGUCUUCUUCUACUUCCCAAGAUUUCGUAUCAAGACCUGUUAUCAAGAAAGUCUUCGCUAAGCUUCAGAAAGAAGGCGAUGGAGCCGUCGUUAGACGUGGCAUUUCCAGGAGUGAGCAGAAGUUGUUAGAUCCUUUCUUGAUGCUAGAUGAAUUCUCCGUUUCGCCUCCAGCUGGCUUCCCUGAUCAUCCUCACAGAGGGUUUGAAACUGUUACAUACGUACUAGAGGGAGGAAUCACUCACCAAGACUUCAAAGGUCACAAGGGUACAAUAUAUGCUGGUGAUGUUCAGUGGAUGACUGCAGGAAGAGGAAUCAUUCAUUCUGAAAUGCCUGAAGAAGAAGUCAACAAAGGUUUACAACUUUGGAUCAAUCUUUCCUCCAACGAGAAAAUGAUAGAACCAAACUACCAAGAACUGUCGCAUUCAGACAUACCAAAAGCAGAACAAAACGGUGUUGAAGUCAAAGUCAUUGCAGGAGAAUCAAUGGGAAUUCAAUCACCUGUUUACACAAGAACACCUACUAUGUUCCUCGAUUUCACUCUCCAACCAGGAGCUCAAAUCCACCAGAAUGUUCCAGAAUCUUGGAACGCAUUUGCUUACAUUCUAGAGAGCGGUGAAGGCGGCGGCGUUUUCAGUUCCUCGAACUCUUCGCCUAUUCCAGCACACAGUGUUGUGGUGUUCGGACCAGGGAAUGAUGGUGUUAGCGUGUGGAACAAGUCAUCUUCAAAGCAAUUGAGGUUUGUGUUGAUUGCUGGAGAACCGAUUGGUGAACCGGUGGUUCAAUACGGUCCGUUCGUGAUGAAUACUCAAGCUGAGAUUGAUAUGACCAUUGAAGAUUAUCACUAUGGUAAGAAUGGCUUCGAAAUGGCCAAGUAUUGGAGGUCACAAUGAGAAAGAACUAAUAAUCACCACUACUUUAUUAUUUCCGGUUCUUUUCUUUCUAUUUUUAAUUCUGUGUUCUAAUUGGAUAAAUAAAAUGAAAAUAAAAAUGUUUUUUUUUUUGGUAUCUUUUGCUAAAUUUGUGGGUGGGAACCCAUUAAAUCCGAGGCUGACUAUUUUUCAAGUUCCAAACAUUGUCAUCAUUAUUAAGGAAGUCUUCCACUAUUUUAGUUUAAAUUACAAAUUGUUCAUACUAUAAUAUUAACAUAUGAAGAAAGC